GGGGUGGACGCACCGCACUGGCUUUGUAUGCAGAACAGCAGCGGGAGGGACGGCCACGCUGUCACUCUCUCGCUCUUUCUCUCUCUCUGUCGCUCGCUCUGUCCAGAGAGCGUACGGGAUUAAGACUUGCCGAGGCGAGGGAGAUGGCAAAGGGAAGUCCAGUCAAGUCCCAGAUCCGCCACUGUGUCCCAUGCGCUGGGUUAGCCAUGCGCACAUGAGCCAGCGCCCUGUUCCCAUGCCCGCCGCUAUGCUCCCACGCCCCGUACCGGCGGGGUCCGACUGGAGCUUCCAGAACCCGGUGGGAGUGGACUGCAGUUCCCCCGAGCCUCGCUGCAUCUGGGUGGCGGUGCUUCGCGGCGUAGCCGGGCCGCCGCCGAUCGUGCCCGUCGGAUGUCACCACGUUUCCCGUCAGUUGAGGGCGAAAGGGCGGAGGGAUGCUCUCUCGUCGCCCGCCGCCGCCGCCGCCGCCAACAACCCCCGGCCGCCCGUGGCGACCCGGCCGGGCGUGGCGUGGAAGGGCCCCCCCCGCACGCUGGUCCUCCGCAAGAACUCGCAGGGCUUUGGCUUCACCCUGCGCCACUUCAUCGUUUACCCGCCGGAGUCCACCCUGCACACCGACCUCAAGGAUGAGGAGAAUGGCAACGGCAACGGCAAAGGUUACCAGAAAGGACGACUGGAGCCGAUGGACACCAUUUUUGUGAAGAAUGUGCGGGAGAAAGGUCCCGCCCAUCAAGCGGGCCUGUGUACCGGUGAUCGUCUGGUGAAGGUGAACGGCGAAAGCGUGCUGGGAAAGACGUACUCCCAGGUGAUCGCCCUCAUCCAGAACAGUGAAAGUGUGCUGGAGCUGUCUAUUAUGCCAAAGGAUGAAGACGUGCUUCAGUUGGCCUACUCGCAAGAUGCCUACCUGACUGGCAACGAGCCUUUCUCGGGGGGAGCUGAGAACCUGCCGCCGCCGCCGCCCCUCUGCUACCCUCGCGCCAUGUCGCCCGCAGGCGCUCCCCCGCCUACCCCCGUGGGCCACAACCAGCUGGAUAAUUGGAGUCGCUGGCCCGGUCCCCCCGGUCCCUCCUCGCCCUUGGACAACCGCACGGCAGCCGCUUGGCAAGACGGCCGCUCGGUGGAGCCCGGCGGCGGCGGCAGCGCGGCGGCUCGCAGUAGUCCGGCCCGCCGCCGCCGGGCCGACGACGACGUCCAGUACGCCGUGAGCGGGCAGCAGCCUCAGGGGCAAAGCAGGGGGCGCUCUCACUCGUCUUCAUCCUCCUCGGGGGGACCUUUAUCCAGCCCCUUGCAGGUCCGCUACCCCGACGGCCACCACGCCGCCGACUCGGCGCGAGCCCGACCGCGCGAUUCUCAUCCGGGUCACGACCAAAGCCAGCGUUGCCAGCGAGCGCUGUCAGAGUGGUACCGCAACCAAGUGCCGGGACGCAGCGUGCGGGCGCGCCACCGGAGCUACUCCCAGGACCGGCUGAGUGAGUCCGGGAGGCCUCCGCAGCGGGCGGGCGCAGGCUGGCCGCACAGCGCCUCCCAGGACACUCUGCUGUUAGCGCAGCCGUCGGGACGCUGCGAGGAGUGGGCCCCCGACCACGCGAGGACUCGCUCCGAAAACCUCCUGGUGCAGUUCCAUUGCCACGGACGUUCGCUGGAGAUGUUGGACCGAGCCUCGGCCGGCGCGCAGGUCUCGUCUCGGUGGAACCGAGCGCCCAAGCCGCCCCCCAGGACCGAUGUCCACCAGAGGCACAGCGCUCCGUACCCGGCGCCGCAAGCCCCCCCCGUGGCCCGUCACUCGCACUCCAAGCAGAGCCAUUGCCCGGGCCAAGGCCAGCAGGCGCCGGCGGUCCCCAAGAGCAGCAGGCGGCUUCCUCCGGUCCAAAGCGCCGACGAGCAGCCGCUGGGCUACCGCAGCUACAGCCCUUCCUUCUAUCGGAAGACGGGCCGCAUCAUGCAGCAGGCCCACUCUUUCAGGGACCCCUCGUACUCUGGCCCCCACUUGAACUGGAACAGCAGCCCGCCCGAGGGCGCGGCGGCGCCGCCGCCGGCCGUCUCGGCGGCGCCGGCCGUCUCGGCCUCCGCAGCGGCCCCUUUGGCUUCCGCCUCGCCCGAAUCCCAGGAGAGAGCCUACAGACCCACCAACCACGAGCGGGGGUCGGCUGAGGUGGCGGGGCAGAGCCAGGAGGUGGUGAUGCGGCAGAAGCCCCCCAGCGGACGGAGGAACGCCAUGCGGCACCCCCACUACGCGCUGGCCAUGGACGGCCUGGAGCCCUCCUUGUUCUCGCCGGAAGCCCCGGCGGCGGACUCGGCGGCCACCUCCAGCUCUUCGGGAGACACGGCCGUGCUGCCGUUCAAGGCCAACGGCAAGCUGCUCUCCCCGGAGGACGAUUCGCUGGCGUCCAUCCCCUUCAUCGACGAGCCCACCAGCCCGAGCGCCGACUUGCGCGCCCGCCACGUGCCGGCGUCCUCGGUGGUCUCCAGCGGCGGCACGAGUUGGGCCUCGGCCGCCAGUCCCGCUUCCCCCACCUUCACCUUCCCCGCCGCUAGGCUCAGCGCUAUUAAAUCGGGUCGCCGUUCCUCCUAUCUUCUAGCCAUCACCGCAGAGCGCUCCAAAUCCUGCGACGAAGGCCUCAACGUUUUCCGGGACGACGGCCGUGUCUUCUCGAGGCUACCAAAGAGAGUCAAGAGCUUCUUCACUGAUGGGUCUUUGGACAACCUGGGCACGGCAGAGGAGGUGCGCUCCAAGCGGCACUCCACCUCCGAGUUGGGGAACAUCACGUACAGCGACAUGCGGCGGCGGGAAGGCUGGCUGCACUUUAAGCAGAUCCUCACGGAAAAGGGCAAGAAGGUGGGCAGCGGCAUGCGCCCGUGGAAGCGCGUGUUCUGCGUGCUGCGCUCGCAGUUGCUCUUCCUGUACAAGGACAAGCGCGAGGCGGUGCUGCGCGGCGCCACGCUGGGCGCCGGCGCCGAGGACGAGCAGCCCAUCAGCAUCCGCGGCUGCCUGGUGGACAUCGCUUACAGCGAGACCAAGCGCAAGCACGCCCUCAGGCUCACCACCCAGGACUUCUGCGAGUACCUGCUGCAGGCCGAGGACCGGGACCACAUGCUGGACUGGAUCCAGGUCAUCAGGGACAACGGCAAGACGGAGAGCGAGGAGCUGGGCCUUUCCAGGCAGGCCCUGAUCAAUAAGAAACUCAAUGACUACAGGAAGCAGAGCCCGACUGGCAGUAAGCCCGACUCUUCGCCCAGGAUGUCUCGCAUGAUGCCUCCCUUCCUGCUGGCCAAGACCGACAACGCUUUGGGGGCACCGCGCUCGCCCAGACCAGACGGCAAAGAUGAAAGCAGCCCUCCCAAAUCUCCUUGGGGAAUCAACAUCAUGAAGAAGAGCAAGAAAGCUGGGCCCAAAGCCUUUGGCGUGAGGCUGGAGGACUGCCAGCCGGGAGUCAACAACAAGUUCAUCCCGCUGAUUGUGGAGAUCUGCUGCGGCCUGGUGGAGGACAUGGGUCUGGAGUACACGGGCAUCUACCGCGUGCCCGGUAACAACGCCAUGGUGUCGCUGCUCCAGGAGCAACUCAACAAGGGCGUCGACAUCAACCCCACAGAGGAGAAGUGGCAGGAUCUCAACGUGGUCAGCAGCUUACUGAAAUCUUUCUUCCGGAAGCUUCCGGAGCCGCUCUUCACCAACGACAAGUACAACGAUUUCAUCGACGCCAACAGAACGGAAGACCCGUCGGAUAGGCUGAAGACCAUGAAGAAGCUGAUCCGAGACCUUCCGGACUAUUACUACCACACGCUCAAGUUCUUGGUGUGUCACUUGAAGACGGUGGCAGACCAUUCGGAUAAAAACAGGAUGGAGCCUCGGAACCUGGCUUUGGUGUUUGGGCCCACGCUGGUGCGCACGUCCGAGGACAACAUGAAGGACAUGGUCACGCACAUGCCAGAUCGUUACAAGAUUGUGGAAACGCUCAUACAGCAUUACCUCUGGUUUUUCAGCGAGGAGACGGACAAGGAGGAAAAGACGCCAGUGGACACUGAAGACGUGCAGCCCGCCCCUAACAUCGACCACCUGCUUUCCAAUAUUGGGCGGACGGCUUUGUUCGGCGACGCUUCAGACUCCACCAACAGUGACUCUGCCAAAUCCAAGGGGUCCUGGGGUUCCAAGAGAGACCUCACCGCCAAGGACUUCCUGACUCUGUCCAUCAUGUCGGCGGUGACGGGCCGCAAGCGCCGCAAGCGUCACAACGCCCGGCGGGUGGGCAGCAGCACCGACGACGACUCGGAGCACGAGCCCGUCAAGACGGAGGAAGACGAGGAGGAAGAAGGGGAGACGGAAGAGGCGGCAGGCGGCAGCGCUCCUCGUGCCGAGGGAGAGCAGGAGGAGAAAGAGGAAGUGAAAGAAGACCAAGAAGAAGAAGAGGAGGCGGUGGCGGAAAAAAGGGGCCAGGAGGCGGGAGGAAAGGCGGACGCCCGCUCCAUCGUGUCAGGCUACUCCACGUUGUCCACGUUGGGCCGGAGCCUGGGCGCGGACGACGCCGACGAUGAGCACAGCGAGCUGGUGAGCGAGACGGACAACGAGAGUGGCUUUGCCUCACGGGAGCGUCCCGCCAAGCCGCCGCCCCGCAAACCCUCAGCGGGCGAUGGCGGCGGCGAUGGCGAUGGCGGCGGCGGGGUUCGCUCCACCACGCCGUCGUCCACGUCUUCGUCACACAGGCUGCACUCGCGGCCGUCCUUCAACUCGCAUAAGCUCAUCCAGUGCGACACCCUGGCACGCAAGAAGAUGAAGGCUCGCUCGCUCGACCUGCUGGAGAUCCCCGUCGCCACCCCCGAGGGAGACGCGACACCCAGGACGAGGAUCCACACGUCGUCGGGAAGCAGCCAAAAGAAUCUCCGCCCGUCCCGGGUCAGGCCGGCCGCCCCGCUGCCGCCGCCCCCCAGCGAGGCGACGUCCUUCACCCCCACCGCCUUGGUGCGCCAGGCACGCCUGAUGGGCUCGGCCGACGACUUGCGCAGCGCGGGCGUGCGCAAGCCGCUGUCGCCCGAGAGCCGCCGCAAGAGGCGCGCCUGGCGCCGACACACGGUGGUGGCGUCGCCCACCGAGGAGCCGAGCGACAAGCGGCCGCUGGCCGUCACGGAGUUCCCGCUCUCGCCCGUCGGCCCCAAAGGAGACGACGGCGGCGGCGGCGGCGCCCGUCCGGAGUCUUCUGCUCGCCAGACGUCCAGGUUCCACCAGUACCUGUGAGAAAGGACGCCUCCCGUGCCUGAAGAAUCAGAGACCCUAGUGACGACGGCAUCAAGCGAGACUCUUCCGGGUCCACUAACUGCUGAUGCGGUGCCACACGCGCGUCGUCCACGACAAGCCGACAGGAUCCGAGUCGUGCCACCGUCACUCGGGACGCGAGGAGACGCCUUGUCAGAAAGCAGCCAGGUGACUCUCAGCCUAGCCUAUGGCAGGCCGGCUCGCUCGCCCGCCCGACCGACCGACCGCCCCCUCCCUCCCUCCCCCCAGCUGCGGGUCAGCGCGCGCACUGGCUAGUUUCUUUGGUGUUGUUGUUUUUUUCUGUAAACCCAUUGCCAAAGCUUUCUGGUUUUGUUACUUCUUUUUGUAAAUGUGUGCUUUUCUGAGGUGGAGACACUCUGACCUACCUGAUCAGCGCCACUAUGACUGAGCAAAGGUUUUGGGCCGCCACCAGACUUGUUUAAAUAGCAGAUGUCCGUUGGGAGGGGAUGAAGGUAAAUGACCACCAGAGGCGCUAUAAACGGAAAGAAGUGUCCAUGCAAAAAAUGAAUGUCGUGUUGAAUUGUUUAGUCAGUCGAGAUUGAAUAUUUAGAAAACAUUUUAUUGUAUCUGUCACAAAAUGAGAAAAAUAACACGGCCCCGGCAUGCAUAGACGCCCCCCAAAAAAACAAGGUUUGCUAUAUACUUUUGCUUUUAAAGUCACUGUUCACUUGAGCUUUAGUAAUGCAACAAAAAUAUGAUUUGAUUUUCUUUAAACAGGAACACAUCUAAAAAAAUAACAAAAGUAAAUGAUGCAGUAAAUGCAAUCUAUUAGCCCCUCAACGGGAACAUUGUUUUAAAUACACAAUGAGUAAGUGGCUUGUUUUCGGUUUAUUUUGACAGCCAACCUGAAGCGGCUGUGGCAUUAAACAGCUUGACGUUGUUGUUUUUUUAUUAUUAUUAUAAAUGUGUUGACUCUGGCAAAGCGACGCCGCUGACUGCGAGUUGACACGAGCUCUCUGCCACUGUCCACCGAGCGCUCGUAGCUCGAGGCACCACCGGAUAUCUUCCAUUAUAAGUGGCUGUAAUGAGCUUCACAGUUUGAACACUGUGCUGAAAGUAUGCAGAUACUAGUCAACGCGCUCAGCUUUGAUGGUGGCCGGCCCGAGACUUUUGCUCCGAGUCCCCGUUGGUGCUUUUUCUUUCAUUGUUGUUGGGAGAGAGAAAAAAAUGUUUUGCUUCCUUUCCUUCUGCUAUAUUAUUGUAAUAUUUGUAUACAGCCUUAUUAAGUUGUACAUACGAAAGUUUGGUUCUUAACCUUAAUAAUAAUACUACUCCUUUUUUAACGGUUUACAAACAUUUCCUUCUCCGGACGCUACUUGAAACGUUCCCUUAAUAUAUUUAAAUAUACAGUAUUUUAUAUAUAUUUUGUAUUGUGACGUCACUGCUUACAAAGGCCUUUUUGUGUCAGGAUAGUCAGUCACAAGUUUGCGUUGAAACAAGUGCCUCCUUUUUGGAAUGUUCAGUUGUGCCAUGCUGGCUUCUUAUCUCCUCCUCCUUCCCCAGCUCACCUCCAAAGAUGUGUACAAUGAUUUCAUGGGGGUUGGGUAAGAAAAAGCACACUAUGCACUCUCCUGUGUGGUGUAAACUAAAAAGGUGUCGCUCGUAUGUUGUACAUAGUUCAUAUGUAACAUAUUGUCCCUCGUGUGUACAUUUUUGGAAUGGCUUAUGAGUAUAACUCUGCUUAGCGCAUUAUAUAUGAUGUAAAUAAAACACAAGUACGUUGAAAAACA